AUGUUGGCGACAGGCUGGAAAAUAACUCCGCUGUUUGUCGGGUUUUGCAUGGUAUUAAUUUGCAAGGCCGGUGAUUCUUCUCCCAGUGCGACAUAUGAUUUAUCUAAGCUUUUACAACGUGCCACAAGCUAUUUCCUCUACGAAGGUACAUUUACGGAAGAUAAAAUCCUACCGGGAAAACCUCUACCUAUAUGCGGAAGAUGGUUCAUAGUAACUAGUGAUCUAUACGCGAAGAGGCUGUAUGAACCUAGCGAAGAAGAGUAUGCGGUCGAGAAAAAGGUUCAACUAGUACUUGAAGGAACGCCAGGAUCUUCUGUGAAAAGCUCGAUGAAAGUUAAUCAUUAUGAUGGACCAAAAAAGGGACAAACGAUAGUGACCAUGGAUUUGAAGUACACGGACUACAAAAACUGCGCUCUGUUGUACUACAGGGGCUCAGGUGACUAUGAAGUAUGGAACUAUGCACUGAAUCUCAAAAAUAAUACAGAAUGCCAUAAAAAACUCGCCGAACUACCCGGAAAAGAUUUGACCGUAUACUACAGGGACUGGUGCUACGCUGGUCUUCAAGGCUAAAUUGAAAUCUAAAAAUACUACAUAACGCAUCUUCCGGUGCCUUUUCUGAGAUCAGUUUGUCCUGCUUAGACG